GGAUCCCUGGUCGCCUCCCUUGCCCUUCUCUUCCCGGAUGGAACAAGAUCAUCAUCAGGGUCUGUAUGAAUGCCGAGACUCAGAAGACAAAGGGAUGGGCUCUGAUUUUGAGAACACUGAGGACAAGGAGGGGGACCCAGAAGAAGGAGAAAUGGGCUUUCAUUCAGAGGACACAGACAAGAGAGAAGGCCAUCCAGAGAUGGAGAUGGGCUCCAACCCACAGGACUCCAGGGACAGAGAAACAGUGCCAGAUGUCUGCACCGAGAGGCUGCUAAAUGACGGAGAAGGGGUUGCUCUCCAGGAGGAAGAGGAGGACCAAGCUCCUGAUAUGGGGAUGUUCCCGGGACUUUCCGAGUCAGACUGCAUAUCCCGGAGCCCCCGGGAAGAGGAGGAGGAGGAAGAGCAGCCGCCCCCUCCGGUACUGCCCUGGAGGCGACACCUGUCCCUGGGCAGUCGGCACCGGGGGGACAAACCUGCCCACCGCCGCUUCCACCGGCUCCACCACCCCAUGGCUGUGGACCUCGGUGAGCUCGACAGCCUGGUGGCCAGCAUCAUGGACGCGCCCACCAUCUGCCCGGACUGCGGGGAGAGCUUCAGCCCGGGCGCCGCCUUCCUGCAGCACCAGCGCAUCCACCGCCUGGCGGAGGCGGCCGCCGCGGCCAGCCUGGAACCGUUCGGCCUGGCGGGCGAGUGCGGCGCUGUGGUGGGGGUGGUGGGCGUGGCGGGCGGCUUCGGGACGGGCCCCGCGCUGGCCCGGCCGCCCCGGGAGAAGCCCUUCCGCUGCGGGGAGUGUGGCAAGGGCUUUAGCCGUAACACCUACCUGAGCAACCACCUGCGCCUGCACACGGGCGAGCGGCCCAACCUGUGCGCCGACUGCGGCAAGAGCUUCAGCUGGCGCGCAGACCUGCUCAAGCACCGGCGGCUGCACACGGGCGAGAAGCCCUACCCGUGCCCCGAGUGCGGGGAGGCCUUCAGCCUCAGCUCGCACCUGCUGAGCCACCGGCGCGCGCACGCGGCGGCCAGCGGCGCGGGGGCGGCGGCGCUGCGGCCCUUCGCCUGCGGCGAGUGCGGCAAGGGCUUCUGCUGGCGCUCGGACCUGGUGAAGCACCAGCGCGUGCACACGGGCGAGAAGCCCUACAUGUGCUCCGAGUGCGGGGAGACCUUCAGCGUCAGCUCGCACCUCUUCACGCACAAGCGCACGCACUCGGGCGAGCGGCCCUACGUGUGCCGGGAGUGCGGCAAGGGCUUCGGGCGCAACUCGCACCUGGUGAACCACCUGCGCGUGCACACCGGCGAGAAGCCCUUCCGCUGCGGCCAGUGCGACAAGCGCUUCAGCGACUUCUCCACGCUCACGCAGCACCAGCGCACGCACACCGGCGAGAAGCCCUACACGUGCAUCGAGUGCGGCAAGAGCUUCAUUCAGAGCUCACACCUGAUCCGCCACCGCCGCAUCCACACCGGCAACAAGCCGCACAAAUGCGCCGGCUGCGGCAAAGGCUUCCGCUACAAGACGCACCUCGCGCAGCACCAGAAGCUUCACCUGUGCUAGGGCUCGGUCUGCGGGCACCUGCCCUUCAGGGAGCAUGCGCAGGGUGGAUGUCCUGGGCAGACCCCAGCGGGAAGGGACGGGGCCUCUUGAUGCCAGGGGCUCUGGAGGGGAGUGGCUGCUGUGUUUUGCCUGCCUCCUCUCGGUGGAGAAGAACUUUUGGGAGAUGUGCUUGAGAUGAUGGCUUCCUGAAGUCCCUCUGUAGGAGUGAAGAUGGGAGGAGUAGGGGCAUUGAGGACCUUGAAGAAGAGGGAGUUGGUGGCGGGCAGUAGAGCAGGGUGGGCUGCGAUGGCCUGUGGGAAUCAGAGGAGAGGGUAGGUUUGAAGUGAGGGUUAUGCAUAAAAUAAAGCAUGGGUGUGAGUAAUUCUAUCCCUGGUCGCCAGGUGGUAAGCCAGUGUUUGCCCUGACCCCACACAUCACAUCAACUGUAGUCCUAGAAGUAGGAGAACCUUGUCAGUCCCAUAGGAGACGAUAUUUACUUUACUCUUCCCUCUCUCUGAGCCACAGUUAGCUGCUAUUUUGAGGUAUCCAGGGGAAACUGGGCAGAAAACGACACAUCCUCAUUUCAGGGGACAACGGCUAACAUUUAGAAAGGCACGUGUGACUGGUUCUUGGAUCUUCUGGGUAGUCUUGGUCCUACUCCCGGUUCUUUGCUACUUUGAAAACACUCUGGCUUCAUGCUGGGGCAAGGUGUCCACCGAAUGACCAGCCUCCUCCCCUCUUCGCCCAUCCCUGGUGUGUGCCAUACCCAGUGUUUCUGUCACGUCUCCCCUGUGAAAUUUUAAGUGCAGGGAAAAGGAACCAUCCCGGCUAUGUGUGACUUUCCCUUUCUCGGGUCAGUUUGGUGCCUGAAUUUCAAGUGAAUUUCAGGCCAUCAAUAGUUACCCUGGUGACCUGCUAGAAAAAACAACUAGCUCAAAGUUUUGCUGGCCUGUGUGUGAGAGAUCCA